AUGGCUCAUCACUCUCAUCGCUCUACGCAUUUCUAUUCAUCAUCAUCUAAUUUCUUCCAAUUAAACCAUAUUUCUCCAUCUUCAAACCAUUCUCCACACCACCACCAUCAACCUUUUCUUCAUUACAACAACAGCAGCCACACCUUUUUUCAACACCAUCAUAUUUCUUCUUCUUUACCACCUUUUCCUCCAGCUCUCAAUGAAGAACUACCGCUUUUGAACCUAAUCCCAGAAAAACAAGAAAAAUAUGAAGGUCAACAAGAACAUGAGGAAGAUAUUCAAGACCUUCCUUGCACUGCCAUGGAUUUAGAAGAAAGGGAAGAUGUUGGUAGUUCUACUUCUACUACCGUUACCGUUGCACUAGCACUUCAGAUAGGUUUGCCAAACCCCAGUGCUGCUGAAAUGGCUUCGGUACUUUCUUCAACUAAUUACUCCUCAGAGAUCACUGUCGCUGAUAAAGAGCAUGGCGAUGAUUCUUCUUCAGGUUUAUUUAUGCUUCAUAAUACUACCCUUAACAAAGGACAAUAUUGGAUUCCUACUCCGUCUCAGAUUUUCAAUGGUCCAACUCAAUUUUCUUGCACUGUUUGCUCCAAAACCUUCAACAGAUAUAACAAUAUGCAGAUGCAUAUGUGGGGGCAUGGAUUACAAUACAAAAAAGGUCUUGAAUCUCUCAAAGGUACACAACCAACAGGAAUGUUAAGGCUAUCUUGUUACUGUUGUGUACCAGGGUGCAUAUACAACAUCGAUCAUCCAAGAGCAAAUCCAUUGAAAGAUUUUAGGACACUUCAAACACAUUACAAGAGGAAACAUGGAAUUAAGCCUUUUAUGUGCACAAAAUGUAACAAAUUUUUUGCUGUUAGAGGAGAUUGGAGAACUCACGAAAAGAAUUGUGGGAAGCUAUGGUAUUGCAUUUGUGGUUCUCAUUUCAAACAUAAGAGGUCUCUUAAAGAACAUGUGAAUGCUUAUGGAAAUGGUCAUGCAGCUAAUGGAUAAUAAGUUUGCUUUAGGAAAAGUCCAAUGACGAAGUUCAAUGGAAGAAUUAUGUUGAUUGGUAUGAAAAGUUCUAGU